GUCUUUCCACGCUGUUGAGCCACCGCGAAGGCGUGGAUAGCAUGAGGAGAACAAGCUCCACCAGCCUCUGUUGAAGAUCCGCAGAGAUCCGCGACGAUGCAUGUCCUGGGCCGUUUGGCUGACAGACUCAAGGACUUCGCCGAGACCGUUGCCGACUCCAUCACAGGCCUCGGUGUAGAUGGCGAUGCGUACCUGGGUCCCACCGCGCCCGUCUACAUUCAUCGGAACAUCAUCGCCAUCCCCUUCCCGUCGCAUGAGCUUCUCCCAGAUCUCGCGGAGGUGUUGAACGCCAACCAUGGCAGCAAUUACCUGGUGCUCAACAUGUCGGAGAGGACCUACGAUGCCUCGAGAUUCAACGGGCAGAUCGUGGACGUGCAGUUCAGGGGCAUGCCGUCGCCCCCUCUGGAUCUGCUGCUCAAACUGUGUGUGUCGUCCAGCCAGUGGUCGGCACCAAGAAUCAGACAUUCACUUCAUGCUCUCGGGAUGGUUUCCAUGUGUGUCGCUGUAUUGUGUUUGGUUCGCAGGUUGCUGUCUGACGCUCAAAAUGUGAUUGUGGUCCACUGCUACCACGGCUUCAGCCGAACUGCCGUCUUCAUCGCAUCCUUCCUGGUCAGACGAAGGGAAUCAGUCAGCUCUCACUCACUAAGCCUCGGUCGGUGUGGGCAUCUUGUUGCCUCGCCCGUCGUCUUGUUCAGUCGUGGAUAGGUCUGUGCAAGAACCCUCACGUAGCGCUCCAGAAGGUGUGUGAGGUCCUGGGCCUGACCAGCACGCCAUCGCCGCGUGUGGUGCUGCCGUCACAGUGGAGGUAUCUGCACUACUUUGCGAGGUUGCAACGCGGCGAAAUGGUGAGAGCAAGGAAGGGGCGAACAGAGUCCGCGAACACAUCGAUUUGCCGCCUCUUGUCCACUUGUUCAGCCUGAGCACGCGUCAUUGAUGCUGCGGCGCAUACUGAUCAACGGGAUCCCCGUGCUGUCCCCGCCCAUCGUCGUCCAUGACUCCCUCGUCCCGGCGGCGGCAGUCGCCUUCCGGCCAUUCUACGAGGUAGGCAGUGCAGUGCCAGCAACAACCACCAAGAAGCAACACCGACCCGACCGCCCUUUUUGUGUGUCUUCCCUCUGUUUCACAGGUGUGGCAGGCAGGGGAGCUCAUCUACUCUUCCCUGCCUGAAGCACCAACAGCAGCAGCUCCACCACCAGCCGACGCACAACCACAGCCAUCGAACGGGCAGCCUGACGAGCACACGGCCGACGGGCAGCAGAUUGCCAGUGAGGCGAUGGCGGCCCUGAGCGACCAUCGUGAGGCGGCGCUGCCUGGCUAUGCGGUCGAGGAUGGGACAGUCAGGUUCGAAUGCAGCCUCAAAGUGACGGGUAAUACGAAGAAGGGGAUUGGUGCCUCUGCAGGGAUGGGUGUGCUGUUGUGUUGCUGGUGUGAUGGCAGGUGAUGUGUUGCUCCGCGUGAGGCACCAGGCAGACGAUGGGACCAAGUGCUCGGCCUUUCGAGCGGCCUUUCACACAGCAUUCGUUCCAAGUGAGCCGUGCAGUCCAGAGUGACGAAAAACACCCCGCACAUGACAGUCUUCACUGCGCGCGUCUGUGUCCCUUUCUGUCUACAGAUGACACUCUGUGUCUCAAGCUGGGUCUCUCCGAGCUCGACGGUGCGGCAGGCGACGUCCGCUUCCCAGCCGACUUCUUCGUCGAUCUGAUGUUCGAGCCAUCCACUGACCCUGAUGAUGAUGGUGAGCGCGUGGCGGCCCUCCGCAGCCUCGUCACAAGGGGGCAGGAGAAGGCGCAGGAGGUCAAGGCCGAGCUGCUUCGCCGCGUGAGGGCACGAAAAGACGCAGAAAAGAGGACGGCGCAGCUGGAGGAGCUUCGUAAGACACACACAGACACAUACACAUACACACACAUCCGUAUCGGCGCAAACACAGAUGUGUGCCGUUUGUUUCUUCAGGUAUGCGAGCGAAGCUCUUCAAGGAGCAAGCCGAGCAACAGACAACCUCCACCCGGCCGCCAGCUGAUGUCGACACUGGUGACGAGAGGAACGGCGCGAUGCCGGAGAGCAGCGCGGCAAUCUCACCCGAACCGCACCAUGUGAGCAACGAGCCACACAUACCCAUACGCGCAUGGCCAGCAUGCAGCAUCGUCAUGGUGCGCUGUGUCCAUGUGUCAGGUAGACCUGGCUCAUGAGGAGGAGCGGGAGCAUGGCGACAAGCACGAUGUGGAGGAUAUAUACGACAUGGACUGGACGACCGACAUGCUCUCGCCAAAGGGAGGCAACGGGACGGGGGAGGGCGGCGGCGAAAAUGAUGAUGGAAGUGAGUGAGCCAAAUGUAUCCGCCUUGUAUCUGUGAAGCUUAGAUGUAUCAUGUGUACUUCCGGCCGUGCGUGAAGGACUAGUGCUUUUUGUGUAUAUCUGCUGUGAUCGGUGAGAUGCGGCGACCGUCUGCAGCUCCCUUAUGCCACCCCCACCACGUUCAUCAUCUUCUUUCUGUGAGACACAAGAGAUGAUGAGUGAGGGCGACGUGACAGAAGAGGGUUUCAGAUGACAUGCACUGACAAUUCAGCCUUCCAGUCCACUACUGGGCCCCGCUGCAUGC